AUGGGAAAGGGCAAGAAUCGAGUGGUGAAGCCGUGUAGAAGAGAUAAACCACCAACGGAAAGAAAUGUUGAAGAGGAAGUAGAUGACGAGGAAGAAGUUGAUGAUGAAGAAGAGGAAAUUGAUGAGGACACCGGAGAAGAAGAUGAGGAAGAAGAGGAAUUCGAAUUCCCAUUCAGAUUAGCGAUGUAUGAUUUCAAUCAAUGCGAUCCAAAAAGAUGUUCCGGGCGUAAACUUCUUCGCGCAAAAUUAAUCAAUGAAGUUAAACUUGGACAAAGAUUUCCAGGGUUGGUAUUAAGCCCAACUGGAAAAUACACACUAGCUCCAAGAGAUCGCGAAUUCGUUGCACAAAAUGGUUUAUGUGUUGUUGAUUGUUCAUGGAAAGAAGUUGAAAGAACACCACUUCAUCGUGUAAAAGCACCAGAACAUCGAUUAUUACCAUAUCUUGUAGCCGCAAAUUCAGUAAAUUAUGGGAAACCUUGUCAUUUGACGUGUGCAGAAGCGAUGGCUGCCGGAUUAUAUAUUCUUGGUGAGAGAUUGGGGGAUCUGGAAAAAUUUCAAAAUAAACGUUUUCAGGUUACCGCGAGGCUGCAAGUGAACUCAUGAAGCCGUUCAGUUGGGGAUCACACUUCAUAGAUCUAAAUCGCGAACUUCUCGAAUUAUACGCCGCUUGCAAUACUCCUGAUGAAGUUAUAAGUGCUCAAAAUGAAUAUUUAGCGAAAAUGGACAAAGAGCGAGAAGAAUCGAGAAAUGUUGAUUUUCCACCAAGUGAUGAUAGCGAAGAAGAAGAAAAAGAGGAGGAUUGA